UGGUUUCAAAGGUGUGUCCCUGUGCAUCACAAUUUUACUGAUCAACGAUCAAAACAUUGAGAUCAGCGUGCUGUACCACUAGGUUGGUAAAAUGGAUGUGAAAGCCGAGGAAGUUAGAAAACAGAACCUCACAAAUAUGAAAAUAAAACGGAUCUCUGACUCGCAAGCUCGGCACCAUUCUGUUCGCCGGCCUGAUGAUGUUGUACGGGAUGUUCGUGGCUUGAAGCUUCGCCAGCGCGUGUCCUUGGUUCUCGGGGAUGAUAUUUUGCGCAAAGAGUUGGAGGACAUCGUUGAGAGCACCACAACAAACGGUCCAAAGUUGCGAAACGGCAUCCGUACAUAUCAAGAUUUUCUCAUACCAACUAUGUAUCCUGGCGGUUACAACACUGGUGGGUCGAUGCUUGGAACAGUAACCCCGAUUAAUGACAUAAGAGGCAUGGACACCUUGUCAAUGAGCAAAGCUGAAAGAGUAUUGCGUACGAAACUGGCUGCAGUAUACCGUUUAGUAGACUUAUUUGGUUGGAGCCAAGUGAUUUACAAUCAUAUCUCAGUUAGAGUUUCAGAAGAAAAGAACCACUUCCUUAUAAACCCAUUUGGUCUUCUCUACAGUGAGAUAACCUCAUCAUCUUUAGUCAAGAUUGAUGGAGAAGCAAACAUAGUUGAUUCAGGAAGUACUAGUUUUGGCAUAUCAAAAGCUGGCUUUGUUCUCCAUUCUGCAAUUCAUCUUGCUAGAAAAGAUGCCAAAUGUAUAAUUCAUGUCCACCAUGAAGCUGUUGAAGCUGUAUCAGCUAUGAAAUGUGGCCUUCUUCGUAUUUCACAAGAAUCUGCUAUUGUUGGUCAUGUGUCAUAUCACAAUUUUAAUGGAAUUCUGGUUGACGAAGCUGAAAAAGAAUCAAUUGUUCACGACCUUGGAGACACCAACAAGGUGAUGAUUCUUAGAAACCAUGGAGUUGUCUGCCUGGGUGAAACGAUUGAGGAGGCAUUCUCGCUGCUUUACCACGUCAUAAAAGCUUGCGAAAUUCAGGUUCGAGCGAUUCCUGUUGGUUUGGACAACCUGCACAUUUAUGACGAAGAGAUAGUCGAUCAAGUUCAGAAGACAAUAGAUACAAAUGCAAACUAUCAGGAUAAAAGUGUUAAAUGGCGCAAGGGGGAGAUGGAAUUUGAGGCAUUGAUGAGGAAGCUCGAUUCUCUGGGAUAUAACACUGGAUAUCCUUAUAGAAUGCCUGAUGCAUUUUUACCGGUUAAACGCGAGAAAAUACCGGAAUCCCGAGAUGUACCUAUCUUUCCAUCGUUUAAUUUGAAAAAAGGUGGUUUAGGCAAUUAUCCGGAUAUGGGUGGACCACUGAGGCCCAGUCCUAGUCGUGGCACGUCUUACAAGAAUAAGUUAAAAUGGCUCAACAGUCCUGUUCUUGGAACACAAUACAAGAAAGAGCCUAUGGUAAAAACGGAGGAAAGUCACAAUCAGCUACAUACAGUCAGGAAGGAGAUCACCCGAAGCGGGUCAGAAAACAAUGUUGACAUGAGAGAGACAGAAGUUACCGAGGUAACAGAAACUGUCGAGGGUGGAACCAUCACGACGGUCAAGAGGAAAGUGGUGACGGUUAUUCAAGGUAAAGAGCAGGUGAUCGAGGAUAGCCAAAUUCUGGUGGAUGGCAAUGACACGGCAUUCUCUAGUGUUAUUGAUAGCGGAUUCGUUGUUGUUGAUAAGGAGGAUGGUCAUGCAGAACAAAAGGAAAUUUCUAUUAAUAUUGAGGAAAAUGUGAAACACGAACCUGUACCAACUGAAGUAGCCAAAAACCACGAUGAGUUGUUGAGAGCUCCGGGCAGCCCUGCAAGCCAACAUAGCUCACAGAGAUCUGAUGAUGAAGGAGGCGAUGACGAUCAUGAUCGAAAGAAAGUGAAAAAGCAGAGAAGUUUCAAGAAAAUGUUCCAAAAGAAACCUCACAAAAAGAAAUGAUCUGGUGCAGUGAAAAGUAAUUACAAAAAGAGCCUACUGAAUUUAGUUUUUGAAACGGUGACUUUAUCUUAGUCAUCAAUCUGGUGGCUAGAUUUUCUCUUCUACUUACUUCAGCUAGUAUACACAAAUAUAUCGCAAAGCUAGAGGACUGACCAGAAAUCUGUUCGUGUGAAAACUGGUUAUAUAUAUACUACAAAGAGUUAUCGUAAAUAGAUAUCCAAAUUAUUUUGUGGUCUCCAACCGAACGACCCUGCAUGUUCAUUUUCCGUUGAUUGCACAAGAGAUAAGGUUACUAAUGUAAUCGUUAUUUGCACAUGUUGAUGUGAUAUUUGGUUGCGUCAUGGACUGGAGUGGACUGUUAUUUUAAAGAAAGUGGCAUUAAUGCUUUUCCUAUAAAUGACUUAGUUAUAUGUGGCAGUUUAUGGGCUAAGAUGAAGAACUGUACGUCUGCAACAUGCAUCUUAAUGAUCUAAAAAAUGCUUCUUGCUGAAGUAUAAUUAUUCCGUUCCACGCUUUCGCGCCAGUUUUUCAAGCUUUCUAUCAUCUUUACCGAAUUAAAACCGAGGCACCGACGAGAACGAGACUGUAGCCUUCUUCAACAUCUUCACGACCAUUUUUAGUUUAAAUUAUGGUUUUGUUGCAUCGUCACUACAAGAGUGAAAGUUUUAUAAAUAAAUUUUUGACUUAUCUGUUAUUUUGACUAUGAAAGAUUUCCUUUGUCUUAUGAUCACAGCGAAUGUAUUUUAAAAUAUUUUGAUGGUUUUGAGCCAAUCAUCAAAUGUGUCUUUUAAAUUUUUGACCCUUGUUUGCUUUCUGUUGUGAUAUAUUAGUGAAAGAAUAAACACGUUGCUGCUGAAAUUUAAGAUUUUUAUCCUCUGUCCUGUAGCCAUUUUUUGUCAAAGGACCUUUCCUUUCAAACUUGCGAACAAAGGUAUACUUCAUCUCCAAAAUAUUUAGAAUUUGAGAGAAGAAUUCAGUAAAGAAGACGUGUGAUUCUAUUAUUUUGUUUUUUUUGAAUAAAAUUUCAAGUUCAGGAAGACAAGAAAGAACAGUUUUUAGUUUCCCUACCUUGAGUCAGUAUGUCCCCUGAAUGACACCAAACUCUAGAUCUCGGGUUAGUCGCUUGGAUUGCCUAGAGGUGCGGUUUUAUAGCAGCUAUUUACAUCUGCAGCGAGUUUUACUCUGGCUGUAUGUGGAUAUGAAGUGAAAUCUACGGAAAUAUUUAUUGCUGUAUGCAUUGAAAGAAGGAAAAAUAGUCUAUGUCAAUGUUGUGAUAUACCUGUACCCGUCUUUAGAGCCUCUUUCCCUUUCCACCAAAUGAGGCUGUAACUCUGGUUCGCUUUGUUGUACCUUUGUGCUGAUUCUAAACGACGCAUUUUUACAUUUUCCAAUUAUACGCUUUUAAUCUUGACUAUGACAAACGUUCUCUGAUAGAGUGAGGACUUAUGUGCGAAAAUGCAUUCACAGUAAAUUUGCACAGUUUACUAGACCCUAAACAAUAUUUACUGUUUAGAUAUAAUUUUGAUGUAUUUAAUUGUUUUGGUAGUAGAACUAUAUUUUAGUGGUAGUAUUAAUUAUGUUGGUUGUACAUUUACUUUUUCUAAUGCCUUAAAACGGCUACAUCAUUCGGAGGAACGUCAAA